GUCAGUGGGACCGGAGCAGCGCCUCAGACCGAGAGCGACACCUGUCACAUUGGAGGUCCCAGCCAGGGGUGGAGGAUGCCACUCUGGGUGUUCUUUGUGAUUCUCACCCUCACCAGUGGCUCCCACUGCUCCCUGACCCCUUCGAUGCCCUUCAGGAUGCGGCGAUACGCAGAUGCCAUCUUCACCAACAGCUACAGGAAAGUUCUGGGCCAGCUGUCUGCCCGCAAACUGCUCCAGGACAUCAUGAGCAGGAAGCACGGGGAGAGGAACCAGGAACCAGGAACCAGGGUGCGGCUUGGCCGUCAGGUGGACAGCAUGUGGGCAGACCACAGGCAGAUGGCGCUGGAGAGCCUCUUGGUAGCCCUGCUGCAAAAGCACAGCAGGGAUUCCCAAGGAUGAAGCCUUCAGUGGAGGCUUGAGCCAGCCGUACGCAAACACAACUGGACCCAACUACUUCUACUUCAGUUCUGAGCCCCCCCCUUCCUCUGUAAAUAAAUAAAAUCCCCCAUCCUGAUCUGCAGUUCAAUUUC